UUCUGGUUCCGGGACAGAGUGAAGGUCACGGUGCCGGGCGGUGCAUGGAUGAUGGAGGCUGUGGGAGAUCCUGAGCUACAGAGAUUUAUUGAAGCAGAGACUCAAAAACAACGAUUCCAGGGCCUUGUACAUCAACUGACCGAGCUCUGCUGGGAAAAAUGUAUGGAGAAACCAGGACCCAAGCUGGAUACCCGGAGUGAAAGUUGCUUUGUGAACUGUGUGGAAAGAUUUAUAGACGCCAAUCAGUUCAUCCUCAACCGACUGGAACAGACACAGAAAUCUAGAGGGGUUUUUACAGAGAGCCUUUCUGAUUGAGGAGGAGACUUAUUCAGUUCAUGUCGAGGCAUUGUCUAGAAGGACAUUGAGAUUGUGAUGGCCAUUUCAAAGUAAAAUGUUAUUGGUCUGAACCAAAAGUAUCACACAGUAUGUGUGUGUGUAUAUAUAAUUUUAUUUUCCACAGGCUUGUAGGCUUAACGUAAUGCAUAAAGGGGUUGCAGAAAAUGCUGAUGACACACUAGUAACUGGGAAGAAUAUUACAAUAAUUCAGGAUUGUCAGUAAUACACUAAACAUGACACAGA